AUGAAGAAAAAAUGUGAACUCUGCAAAAGUCCAGCAAACUUGUUCUGUGAAUCAGAUCAAGCAAGUCUUUGUUGGGAAUGUGAUACUAGGGUUCACACUGCAAAUUUCAUUGUCACAAAACAUCAAAGGUUUCUUCUUUGUCAUAUUUGUCAAUCUUUAACUGCUUGGCAUGGAACUGGACCCAAGUUUGUUCCAACCAUGUCUCUUUGUAACUACUGUGUUUCUGUUACCAAUGGUCAUCAAAAUCACGAUAACGACGACGAAGACGAUGACGAUGACGAUGAAGAUGAAGACACCGAUGACGAUGAUGAAGAAAAUCAAGUUGUUCCAUGGAAAUCUACACCUCGACCAGUUUCUUCUUGUUCUUCAAAUAGUGCAACUACCUAUUAG